AUGAACGAGGAGUCUGGUGAUUUGUGUCUCAUUUGUGGCGAUAAAGCUCAGGGCAAAAACUUUGACUGCCUAUCGUGCCAGUCGUGUAAACAGUUUUUUAAACGCCACGCUAAUAGGCUUAACGACUGGAUAUUCACGGAUGAGAUGAAAACCCUGCGAAAAGUCAAGAUUGAGAUCACGAGACGGAAACGGCUACUCAGUGACGGUAUUACACACGACCCGACCCCAGCACCGGACGAUAGGAAUGCCGUUAACGACAUAAAUACUACUUCAUGUGAAAUACCCGACAGUUAUCCGGACACUCAUAUUAUAGACAUCACGGCAUCACAAGAGACCACGCCUGAAGACUCACAGAUAACAGGCAUACCUAUCAAUAACGGGCCGAUGGUUAUACAAGACGUACCGGUGGACAGACCCCUCACAGACUACCGGAUCUCGCAUUUAAGUGAAUUAGAGGGCAAUAAAUUACGGGAACUCCUGUCGGCCACCCAUGUGUUCAUCGAGCCUACCGUUCCCCAGAAGUCGAGUCAAUUGAUUGAGAGGGAUAUCAUACGAGUGAUUGGCCGCCGAUUUGAAUACCAGAUCCAGAAGUUGGUGCAAAUGUUUCGCAAUUUGCAGGCCUUUCAC